UUUCCUGAAUAACCCAAGCUUACGCACACACACACAGACGCACACAAAACUUCAACCGCCCUUUCUACCCUUUUUCCAAACAUAAAAAACAAUAACCAUGAAGUUCAAUUCCAUCCUCGCCAUCAUCACCACCACGGUUCUCAGCACCAAGGUCCAUGCCGCCGCCGAUAAGGAAGCGACCGCAUCUUGCGCCAAAGCCUGUGAAGUAGCCGCCGAAGUUCAACGUCAGGACUGUAAUACUGUUUGUCUUAAAUUUGCCGAACAAGGUAUUCCUUUCCUCCCCGCCAUAGCCACUCCGGUAGUCACCGCCGUGGUCACUGUUUCGGCUAAUACUGUUACGGCCACAGUCAAGUCUGGUUCCUCUGCUUCUCCCGCUGCUUCUUCGGCAGCAGCAGCAGCUGCUGCUGCAUCGAAGAGCUUGGAUGCUCAAAGUCAGCUGGAGAAUAAGGGUAAGGCCCAGGAUGAGAAUAAUAGUGAGGAUCGUGCAAAGAACGCAAGUGCUUCGGCGUCGGAUGAUAUGUCCAGUGGUGCGGAUAAGACGGUUGUUGGAAUGGGCGUGGUAGCUAUUGUUGCACUGGGAUAUCUUUUCUAAAUCUUUUUAAAAAAAUUUCUUACAAUCAUAAUAUAAAUUCGGUAAUAAUUUAUCUCCAUACACAUUUCAAC